AUGUCUGAUUUUAUUAUUGAUCUAUUUAUUGCAACAACAUCCUCUUUAAUUUCAAGUGGUUUUUUUACUCCAAUAGAAAAUUGUCCAACUACAAUAUUCCAAAAUAAUGAAUAGAAAGUAUUGAUAUAAAAAUUAUGUUAGAAUUUAUCCCAUCUUUUUAGAGGUAUUUUUACAAAUACUGUUAAGUAUAUUCCACAUUAAGCAUUAGCCUUUGCUUUUAAAGAUGCUUAUUCACAAGUAUUAUUUACUAAAGGUAAAACUAACACUAUUUUAGCUAAUUAUUAUUAAAACCUAAAGAAUUUAUUUUUAGGAAGCCUGGCUGGUGUUUCAACAAUGCUAGUUAUUUAUCCAUAUGAGUUUGUAAUCUAAAGAACUAAAUAUCUAUAAAAAAUAGCAAAAAGAUUUGAUAUCUCUUGGAGAGAUUGUACUUUUUAAAUAUUUAAAAAUGACGGAAUAUUUGGAUUUUACAAAGGUCUUAGUUCUUGUAUCUCUCAAAUAAUGAUCUUUAGAGGUCUCUAAUUUGGUAUGUAUGAUAAUACUAAAGAGAUCAUUUAAGCACUUCCAUUCAUAGGUUAAUUAUUUUGGGUUUAAGUUCUAACUUUUGUAUCUCAUAUAAUCUCUUUUCCUUUUUUCAAAAUUAUGAUGAUAAUGAAGGCUGAUUCUCUUAAUUUUAAUCACAAACCUGUUAGAUACAAAAAUUUUAUUCAUUGUUCAAAUUAAAUACUCAAAACUUAAAAAUUUGUCUAUCUAUUUUAGGGAUCAUCCCAACGAUUCUUAUUAGCUACAAAAGAUGCUGUAACACUUAUUUUAUAUUAUAAUAUCCAAUAAUAUUUUAAGCGUGAAUAAAGCCUUAAAAAUUGA